CCCCCCCCUUCCCGCAGGCGAUGGAGCUGCAGGAGACCACCCCUCCCCCACCCGGCAAGGCGGUGCCGGUGCCGACGCCGUUCGGGCCGGCGCUGGUGACGGCGCACGGGGAACCGCGCCCGGGACGUCCCGCGCUCCUCACCUUCCCCGACGUCGGCCACGACCACCGCUCGUGUUUCGCCCCUCUCUUCGCCCACCCCGAGAUGUCGGAGAUCACCCGGAAUUUCCUCCUCCUCCACGUGGAUCCGCCGGGAAUGGAGGACGGAGCCCCUCCCUACCCCGACGGGUACCAGUACCCCUCCCUGGAGCAACUGGCCGAGAUGCUGCCGUGUAUCCUCCACCACCUCAGUAUCACCAGUAUCAUCGGCAUCGGGGUCGGAGUGGGAGCCUUCGUCCUCGCCAAGUUUGGGCUCCUUCACCCCGAGGCCGUGGAGGGGCUGGUGCUGGUGAACCUCGACGCCAAAGCACGCGGCUGGAUGGACUGGGCAGCCAGCAAGAUCUCUGGCCUCACCUCCUCCGUCAACGAGUUGAUCCUGGCCCAUCUCUUCAGCCAGUCGGAGCUCUCCGCCCCUCCCCCCGCGCUGCGCGAGGUCCGCGAUCGUCUCGCGGGAGCGCCGAACGCGGGAUUGUUGUGGGCGAUGUGGAACAGCCGUGGGGAUCUCGGCCUGGAGCGCAGCGGGGCCGGUGCCCUCAGGUGUCCAGUGCUCCUCGUGGUCGGUGAUCACUCUCCGCACGAAGACGCAGCGGUCGAGUGUAACGCGAAACUGGAUCCGACGCAGACGUCGUUCUUAAAGAUGGCCGAUGGGGGGGGUCAACCCCAGCUCAGCCAGCCAGCCAAGCUGACCGAGGCAUUCAAGUACUUCGUGCAGGGAAUGGGUUACAUGGCCGCCUCGGCCAUGACUCGCCUCUCGCGUUCCCGCACGGCCUCGCUCAGCGCUGACCCCCAACGGACUCGCAGUAGGACCCUGUCCAGGGGCAGCGCCGGGGGGGACCCCAAAUCCCCCCCCUGAACCCCCAAAUCCCCCUUUAAACCCCAAAUCCCCUCUUGAACCCCCAAAUCCCCCUUUGAACUCCCAAAUCCACCCCCUGAACCCCCAAAUC